AAACCCGGCGGCGCGCGCCCGACAGCUAAUUCAUUGUAGAGAUUGAAGACGGAGGAAGCGGCUCAGCUCCGGCAAAAGCGAAAAAAAACCCGCCCGCUACGCCCACAAACUGCAGGGAUGGCAGCCAUCCGUAAGAAGCUGGUCAUAGUUGGGGACGGAGCCUGUGGGAAGACCUGUCUGCUGAUCGUCUUCAGUAAGGACCAGUUCCCUGAGGUCUAUGUCCCCACCGUGUUUGAGAACUAUGUCGCUGACAUCGAGGUCGACGGCAAACAGGUGGAGCUGGCCCUGUGGGACACUGCCGGGCAGGAGGACUACGACCGCCUCCGACCGCUGUCCUAUCCAGACACCGACGUCAUCCUCAUGUGUUUCUCCAUAGACAGCCCCGACAGUUUGGAAAACAUUCCAGAAAAAUGGACUCCGGAGGUGAAACACUUCUGUCCCAACGUUCCCAUCAUCCUCGUAGGAAACAAGAAAGACCUGCGUAACGACGAACACACGCGCAGGGAACUCGCCAAGAUGAAGCAGGAGCCCGUGAAGCCAGAGGAGGGUCGGGAUAUGGCCAAUCGGAUCGUAGCGUUCGGCUACAUGGAGUGUUCCGCCAAGACCAAGGACGGCGUGCGGGAGGUGUUCGAGAUGGCCACCAGGGCGGCGCUGCAGGCCCGCCGCGGAAAGAAGAACAGUAAAUGCGCGCUGCUGUAAAAACACCGUCAUAUUUGGACUGUUUUUACCCGGGUCAGGGCUGCAGGUCCGGGGUCAGGGGGUCAGGGAGGGGUCAGGGGGGGUCAGGGGUCAGGGAGGGGGAGGGGAGGAAAAGAGUGCAGUAAACGACCACCGCUGUAAAAUGGCUGUUUGUGGACUGAAUUUACCCUGGGACUGGAUGGAGGGGGAGGGGCAGGGGGCGGAGCCAAGAGGAGACCCACAGCGGCGGCACAGAGGGACGAGGGUAAACGGAUGCCGCCGGAAACCAACACCAUUGGACUAAAACCCAGGGGUGUGACCCGCGUGGGACGACGGACAGGUGACGGGACUGGACGAACGCCGCCUAGAAAACUGAAAACCACCAACCGGGGGGCGGGGCUUCAGUGGGGUUAUUUACAUAACGCCGGGUUGAGACGAUGACUGAAUGGAAUCUGUGUUCGAAAUAAGGUUUUAUCAACAGAAGAGACAUGAGUUUAACGGAGAAAAGUUGAAAUGGGACAGUUUGGAAGUGGAUUAAUGACGUAAAAGCAAACAGAUUCAAACCGUCGAAGAAAACAGGUCGAUUCUUUAACCAUUAAAGACCCAGAACGACUGUUUGUGGCGACUUCCAAAGGAAUUUCUCUACAUUUUACCAUUCCCUCAUAUUUAUCAUUAUUAUAUUUAGAGUAGAUAAAUAAUACAAAAAAAUAAAUAUGCUGCUCCGGACAUUGUUACGGUAACUGUCAAUAAAAUAAUGCUUUGCAGAACUGAAAAUAAUGACAUCUUUAGUAUUUUUCAGUAAAAAUCCUGUAUUUUCCUUUUAUAUGUAUUUAAUUUACUGACCACGUAGGUGUUAAUCAAAGUUCAGUGUCAAUUCAAAGGUUAUUAAUAAUGGAUCAAAACAGAGAAAAUGGAAGAAAACAGCAAAAAAAAAAACCACCAUUAAUUCCAUUAAUCCAUUGGAUGAAUGUGAAAAACACAAAUCUGAUACUGAAAUGUUAAA